GAGCCAUUCCAGAAACAUAUGAGGAGGGAAAACUUCUUCACUCCACACAGGCCUUGACAAGGAAGAAUCUCUUCCAAAAUUUCACACAGCUACUACUCCUACAAAAUUCUUGCCCGAGAGGCUGGGAGACCUUGGUCAGGAAAAGCAGGCAUCAGUAUAGAGUAGAGGAGAAAGGACGUCUGAUUGAGAUGCAAGACUUAUUUGCCCCAAGCCAGGGUAACCAGGAAGAGCCUCAGCUUAUCAUAUUGUAUGGGGCUGCUGGGACUGGGAAGUCAUCGCUGGCCAGGCAGGUGAGCAGAGCCUGGGGACAAGGCUGGCUCUACAGGGAUCGCUUCAAGGAAGUCUUCUUCUUCAGCUGCAGGGAGCUGGCCCAGUGCCAGCAGCUGAGUCUGGCAGAACUCAUAGCACAGGGCCAAACUGUGCCCACAGCUCCCAUCAGGCAGAUCCUGGCUCAGCCUGAGAAGCUGCUCUUCAUCUUGGAUGGCAUAGAUGAGCCAGCAUGGGUCUUGGAGGGGCAGAAUCCUGAGACAUGUCUGCACUGGAGUCAGACACAGCCAGUGCACACACUGCUGGGCAGUUUGCUGGGAAAAUCUGUCCUCCCGGGGGCUUCCUUCCUGCUCACAGCUCGGACCACAGCUCUCCAGAGGCUCAUUCCUUCCUUGAGGCGGCCGCGUUGGGUGGAAGUCCUGGGCUUCUCUGAGACAGGAUGGAAGGAAUAUUUCUACAACUAUUUUCCUGAGAAAAGAAAAGCAAUCAAAGCUUUUAGUUUAGUUGAAUCAGACCCAGUGCUCUCUACCCUGUGUCAGGUCCCCUGGGUGAGCUGGCUGGUCUGCACUUGCCUGUCACAGCAGAUGGAGCUCGGGGAAGACCUCUCCCUGACCUCACAGACCACCACCACUCUCUGCCUGAAAUACCUUUCCCAGUCAAUCCAAGGUCAGCACCUGGAGACCCAGCUCAGGGCUCUCUGCUCAGUGGCUGCUGAGGGGAUCUGCAGAAGAAGGACCCUGUUCAGUGAAAGCGACCUCCGUAAGCAAGGGUUAGCCCAGGCUGACAUGGCCACUUUCCUGAAGAUCGGUGUCCUUCAACAGCAGCCCGGCUCUCUGAGCUGCAGCUUUGCCCACUUGUGUCUCCAGGAGUUCUUUGCAGCGAUGGUCUGUGUCUUGGGGGAUACGAAGGAGAGAUGUGGUGAUAUAGAAAAGGACAGAAUUGUGGAAAAUCUGAAACAAGAGUAUGAGAGGCAUGAGCUGUGUGAGGCACCCGUUACACAGUUCUUAUUUGGACUCUCGAGUGAAGAAGGACUGAGAGAAAUGGAGAGGAUCUUUGCCUGCAGGCUGCCCCGGAAGCCAAAGUUGACACUUGUGUCUGACAUCCUCAGGAAAACCCUACCCCAUCAACUGUAUUCUCUGGGUUUGUUCCACUGUCUGUUUGAGCAUCGGGAGGAGGAACUCCUGAAAAGGGUGAUGCAUGAUCUUGAAGUCGGAACUGCUCAAGUCCUAAUGGAGGUGGAGGAACCAGUAUUUCAGCCAAAUAUUGGACAUCUGGUGGUGAGGUCAGAUGUGGAGCUCAUGGUGGUCACGUUCUGCAUUAGGUUCUGCUGCUGUGUGAGAAGCCUUCAGCUCCAUGAGGGUGAACCGAGGACACAAGCACUGCCAGUUCCCAGGAUGGUUCUAUCCAAGUGGACUGCUAUUACUGACGCCAGCUGGAAGAUUCUCUUCUUCAAUCUUAAAUUCACUAGAAACCUGGAGGAGCUGGACCUCAGUGGAAAUGCCCUGAGCCACUCUGCAGUGAAGCAUCUUUGUAGAACCCUGAGACACCCUGAUUGCCAACUACACACCUUGUGGCUGGUCGACUGUUGCCUCACAUUCAGGGACUGCAGAGUCCUGGCCUCAGUGCUUGGGGCCUGCUCCAGCCUGGUUGAGCUAGACCUGGAGCUGAAUGACCUGGGCAAUGAUGGUGUGAGGCUGCUGUGUAAGGCACUCAGGAAUCCUGCCGAGGGAGAGCAUCCCACAGAGCAGAUGACAACAUUGCUGGACCAGGCCUCUCUCAGUGACCAGGUGAUUAUGGAGCUCAAGGCCCUGGAGUCAGAGAAGCCACAGCUGCUCAUCUCCAGCACACAGAAGUCACACGUGAUGGUCCCUAAGAACACUGAUGGAGAAGAAGUGUGUGGUUCCCUGACCUCAUUCAAGCAGCAGAGACCACACUCAGAUAAACCGGGGACUCUGGGGACUGAUGAUGACUUCUGGGGCCCUGCAGGACCCGUGGCUACUGAGGUGGUUGACAGAGAGAGGGGCCUGUACCGAGUUCAACUGCCCAUGGCUGGUGCCUACCACUGUCCCAACACAGGACUCCACUUUGUGGUGACAAGGGCAGUGACAAUCGAGAUUGCGUUCUGUGCCUGGAGCCAGUUCCUGGACAGGAUUCCCUUGCAGCACAGUCACAUGGUGGCCGGGCCUCUGUUUGACAUCAAGGCUGAGCAGGGAGCUGUGACUGCUGUGUUCCUCCCUCAUUUUGUGGCUCUCCCAGAGGGACAGAUGGACAUCUCCUUGUUCCAUGUGGCCCACUUUCAAGAACACGGGAUGGUCCUAGAAACGCCAGCCAGAGUGGAGCAGCACUACACAGUCCUGGAAAACCCAAGCUUCUCCCCAAUGGGAGUUCUACUGAGAAUGAUCCCUGCUGUAGGGCACUUCAUCCCCAUCACUUCCAUCACACUGAUCUACUAUCACCUCCAUCUCGAGGACGUCACACUUCACCUCUACCUGAUCCCCAAUGACUGCACCAUUCGGAAGGCCAUUGACGAUGAAGAAAUGAAGUUCCAGUUUGUGCGAAUAAACAAGCCACCCCCCGUAGACCCUUUCUACAUCGGCUCCCGCUACAUCGUGUCUGGGUCUGAGGGUCUGGAAAUCAUCCCAAAGGAACUGGAGCUGUGCUACCGGAGCCCUGGGGAAUCCCAGCUCUUCUCUGAGAUCUACAUUGGCCACAUGCAUUCGGGGAUUAAGCUACAAAUCGCAGACAAGAAGCAUAUGAAUCCCAUGUGGGAGGCCUUGCUGAAACCAGGGGACCUCAGACCUGCCCUGCCCAGGACUGCUCCAGCCCCCAGAGAUGCUCCUGUCUUGCUGCACUUCGUGGACCAGUAUCGGGAGCAGCUGGUGGCUCGUGUGACAUCAGUGGACCCUGUCUUGGACAAGCUGCAUGGUCUGGUGCUGAGUGAGGAGGAGUAUGAGGCCGUGCGGGCUGAAGCCACCAGGCCAGACAAGAUGCGGAAGCUCUUCAGCUUCAGCCGCUCCUGGAGCAGGGACAGCAAAGACCAACUCUACCAGGCUCUGAAGGAAACCCAUCCUUACCUGAUCAUGGACCUCUUUGAGAACUCAGGCAGGGUCUCUGUGGGAUCCUGACAUCUAUAGUGGCUGAGGGGUCAGCACUCUACUUAGGGUCCUGACUCUCCCUGACCCUCCUGUGGCUCUCCGUUUCUCCAUCUACACCCACUGGCCAUCUGAGUUGUCUUUAUGACAGCACUGUAUCCAGGACACCUCUUGGGGACUCAGAGGUCCCCUCUUGGCCUUCCCCAGCCAGAUGUUCAUGCAGAUUGAGCAUCUCAGAAAACACCCAGUGGAGCCUGCAAGUCUAUACAGGCCUUGUCCAGCUCUAUGGUCAGAGUGGCCAGCCACGAGCCACCCUGACCCACCAUGAUACAAGCAGGACUGGGAAGAAAGAGACGCUACUUUUCCCUGGAAAGUGACUGUCUUGGGAAUGGGAAAGGAAGGGGCUCUUUACACUCGGUGCUCAGCAACACAGGUGUAGGAAGUCACGUGACACAACACGGUGCUCACAGCACAAACACCGCAGACUAGUGCACACUGUGAAGGGAUCCUGAGCAGCUGCACCUGUACCAACCUUUGUUCUUGUCAGGGACUUGACACCUUCAGCUGCAUCUGCCCUUUGGAGGUGUGAGUCCCAGCUCAGGAACCUGAUGUGCAAUGCUCCUUCCACACGUGAUGGUCUGAGCUUCUUAAAGCCUACAAAAGGGAAUAU